AUGGAUAAUGUUUGUAUUUUAUGUUGCAAAACAUUAACGGCGGAAUCACCUUGUGUUAAAAAGCCAACAAGACAGGGCUAUGCGACAAUUUUUUCUGCAGCAGAAAAAAGAAAAGAUGCUAUUUCUUUACAAAUAUUGUCCCGAAGAGAAGAAAUAAACGCUAAUCCAGAAAGAUUCAAAUAUCAUAUAAGUUGCAGAAAAUCUUUUUGCAGCAAAAAUAAUAUCGACAAAGUAGUGAAUGUGAAUAACCCAAACAUAACCAAAGUAUUUCCAUCAAGCAGCGGUCGUAGUGGUAAGAAGUUUGAUAUAAAAAGUGACUGCUUAAUUUGUGGUAAAAGCGGCACUUAUAGAAAGAAAAACCUAAUAUCUAUUAGUACAGGUACAGGGAGUAGUACCCGAGAAAAGAUUUUAAAAAGUGCUGUACAAAGAGGUGAUGAUGUUAUGCAAGGUAGAAUGAAGUUUUAUACUGAUCUUUUCGCUGCGGAUGCAAAAUAUCACAGUGCUUGUUACGCGCAAUACAUAAGCAAUAGAAAACAAGCUGCUGAUGAAACACAAAAUUCUAUGCAAGACGCUUUUAAUACACUUUUCAAAAAAAUUGCAGAAGAAAUUUUACAGCAAAAGAAAUGUGUAAAACUCUCGACCCUGUACCAUCAAAAAGACAAAACUAAAGUAUAUGUAACUCCGAAAGCCAUAAAUCCUAUCAAUUGUAGAGAUGAAAUUCCGGAUAGUUUGUACAAGUUUUUGACUUGGAUAAUGAACGAAAGAUUUUUUAAUGACCUCUCGGAGGAUAAAUUUGAUGUUAACGUUAUAGCAAUAUGUUCAUCCAUUUUAAACGGUUUCGAUAAAAUUAAUUUUAUCUCUACUCUCAGUUUAGGCCUUUCCAUUUAUAUUUAUCAAACCGUUAGAAGUAAAAAAAUAUUAGACAUUUUAUACAAUUUUGGAUAUGGAAUUUCUUACGAUGAAAUGCGCAAGUUUUUAACUUCCAUAGCAACAGAUCAAAUCGAAAGUACUGAAAGCAACAUCUUUAUACCACAAGGGCUAAUUCAAGUCAAUAAUCAGAAUGACAACUUGAUACAUGCCAGUAUUGACAACUUUGAUUUGAAUGAGGAGACGUUGGAUGGAAAAGCCACAACUCAUUCAAUGGCAAUGGUCAUUUUUCAGAAAAAUUCUGAAAUUUUAAACAAACCGUCAAUUGAGAGACAAACUAAGCGUUCGCUUGGUGAAAACACAAAUUUUAGUUUAGAACAAGAACUUAUUUCCUAUAAAAAACCUACACAACGCCCGGAACCGCAAAAAUUUGGGAAAAAUAUACUGGAGAACUGUUUUUGUUUGAAACAAUCUAAAGGUAUCACCACGGAUAAAUUAUGGAUGAUAUUGAGAUAUAAAAAAAAUACUAGUACAUUUAUCGGAUGGAGUGAAUUCAAUAACAUUAUUUCUAGCAAUAAUUUACCAGUCUCAAAUGUGUUUUAUUAUCCAUUUAUUAAUGCUCCCCCGUCAACUUUCGAUACAAUUUUUACCGCACUUGUACAAUUAGUUAAGAUAGCAGAGAAUAUAGGGCAAGAUCAUAUUGUAGUUACCGCUGAUUUAGCAAUAUACUGCAAGGCACGGGAAAUCUUAUGGAAUAAUCCACCUGCUCUAUCUGACAAAGUAACCAUGCAGUUAGGUGGAAUGCACCUGAUGAUGGCUUUUAUUGCCAGUAUCGGAAGUAUCUUCACGGAUGGCGGACUAAUAAAUAUCCUGGUUGAAUCUGGAGUAUACGCAGAAGCUUCUUGUAGGCAGAUGUUGCAAGGCAAGCAUUUAUAUCGUUCCAUUCGCGGGAUUUUACUAGUCUCAGAUACUUUACACAGACUGCUCUUCAAAUCAAUGGAAUUGUGGCUAGAAGAGAAUCACGGAUUAUCCUUAUUUACUGAAGAUAUGCAAGACGCCCUUAACAAUUUCGAAAAUAUGUUUAAUGAAAAACAUUCUAUCGAUGAAUAUGAGAAGACCCUAGGAAAUAUCUUUAGUAAAUCGGAGGAAUUUAACAAAUAUCUUAUCCAGUUCAUAGAGUUUGGUUGCCAAAAUUCACCAACAUUUAAAUAUUGGUUUUUGUUUAUUGAAGCAGCUGACAUACUACUUAAGCUCCUGAGAUCUGAACGUAAUGCUGAUUUUGAAUUACAUUUGGAAGCGGUCCAAGAAACUCUUCCUUUUCUCAGAGCAGGUGGGCGUAGUAACUAUGCUCGUUACACUCCUAUUUAUUUGCUAGAUAUGGAAAAUCUUAAACUGAAAAAGCCCAAAAUGUACCAAUACCUCAAAAACGGAAAUUUUGUUGUUAGAAGAACUGACACAAAAAAAUUUAAUUGUGUUGCAUCAGACAUGGCUUUGGAGCAGACAAUUAAUCGAGAUUGUAAAAGUUCUGGUGGCGUGGUGGGCUUCACAAGAAGCGAACCAACCUUGGUGAGAUGGCUCAUAACGCGGCAUCUAAUGGGAGAGUACUCUAGUAAAGUACAUGACCUAAUAUCCAAUUUUAAUAAAAACAGUAAGAUGUACAGUAUGUGUGAAAAUCUUAGAGAUGAAGAAGAUAUUAAUAAAAUGUUAGAUUUAGUAGAAUCUACAUGGGUAAAUCCCUUUAAUACAAAUAACUUUUCAAAGGAUUUAAUACAUAUUGCUACCGGUAAAGUAGCUUCAGAUAUUGUAAAGCAGUCUAUUUCUAAUAUUAAAGAACAUGCUUCGCUUAAUGUUAAAAAGUUUGUAGAAGAGAGGCUUUCUUGUGAUGGUAAUGUAAGCUUUUGGAAAGCUGUGCCUCGAGAUCAAACGAAAUUCUUUGCUUUUGACAAAAUUUCCUUUAAACAGAAUGUAGAUCGAAAAGAAACUAACCCUGAAUUUAUGUUCCGAAGGAUUAUUAGCGCUGUUCAAUUUAAAGAACUUGACCUCGCUGAUAUUCUCAGCUAUGAAUUAACGCCUGUCCCUGUUUCCAUAUUCAAUGAAGAUGGUACGAUGAGGAAAACAGCUAAGUCAGACUUAGCCAAUAAAUUAGAAUCAUUAGUCACAAUAUCCCCUGAAAAACCACAAAACAUCGGCAGUUACUUCAUAGAUGGAAUGUUACUUUUCCUGGAAUUAAAUGAAAAGACUUUCAAAACAUUUGAAGAUCUUGGGGAUGUCAUUUUAAAAAAGUUAAUGAGGAUAUUUAACGAGAAUCCUGUUUGUUGUAUGGUAUCGAUAGUUUUUGACAGAUAUGAUAUGGACGACUCGAUUAAAAGCGCUGAGCGCCAAAGAAGGGGUCAGCAUAAGAUAGGAACUUAUUCUAUAGUUAGUUCUAGAAAAGUCCCGAACUAUAAAGACUUUUUGAAAUCUACAUCAAACAAAAUGUCAUUAAUCAAGUUUGUGACACAAUAUUUAAUUAAGUCGUCACCAAAGCUACCACCGGAAAAAGUUCUUUGGAUAGCCGGAGGCCUUCAAGAUGGAAGUAUGAGUAUUAAGGUCAAAAAUUCGGGAGUUACUGUCGAUGAAUUGUUACAGUCUAAUCAUGAAGAAGCUGAUACCCGGCUUAUUUUUCACCUAGUGCAUAGUUCCACUGGGAGCCCCAUUGUUGUUAAGUCAGACGACACUGAUGUAUUGGUUUUAUUGAUCUAUUUCUAUUGGAAUGACAAAAAGUUAAAUGCAUCGGAAAUCUAUAUGGAAAAAGGUCACAACACUACAUCCACUAAUAAAAAACGAUUUGUUCCUAUUCACUUAAUUGCGCAGAACUUACAAAAGCCAAUUUCGGAUGGAUUACCAGCUUUCCACGCCAUAACCGGAUGUGAUACCACUAAUUCCUUCUUUAAAAUUGGAAAAAAAUCUGCCUGGCAAAUAUAUUUUCGGAACCACCAGCAAUUUGAUCUGCACUCUUUUGGAAAAACCUCUAUUGAACAAGGUCUGGACUCUGCUAGAAAGUUUACUCUAUCCUUAUAUAGAAACGAUAAAUGUAAAGAUUUAAACGAAGUCCGACAGAAAAUGACGAAGGAAACGAAGAAGUCUGCGAAAGAAAUUCCCCCCACUGAAGACGCCUUUUAUCUGCAUGUACUCAGAUGUUAUUAUCAAGUUCGUCUCUGGACAAUGAGUCAUAUUGGCUUAGUUGAUAGAUUAGACCCGAAAAAUUAUGGAUGGACAAUUGAUACAAAUAACUGCCUUUCGCCAAAAUUCACCAAUAAGACGCCCAUUCCAGAUGAAAUACGAAAAGUUAUUAGCCUAUUUUGUACAGAAAAGAAUUGCAACAAUAGCAAAUGUGCCUGUAAAUCUGAAGGAGUUUUUUGUUCGAGUGAUUGCAAGUGCAAUAUGAAGUGCACUAACAUUGAGGUCGUAGAGUUGUUAGACGACGCUGAAGACGACUUAUUAGAGUUUUGUUAAAUAUUUAGAAAUACUCAAACCUUUUAUGUUCAUUUAUAUUUACCAAGUAUUGUACUUUUGUUUAUCAUUUUUC